AUGGCUACUGAUGACAGUGCAUCAACAACAUUUGACUCAGAUGAAGUUAAGGAAAUGUACUGUGAAGAAUGUGAAAAACAUGGUGAUGGCUAUACACCAGCUGUAGCCUUCUGUGUGGAUUGUGUGGAAUAUAAAUGUGUGACCUGUCAAAAAUAUCAUAAGAGACAAUCGAAAACUCACAAAAUUCAAGACAGUGACAGUAUGCCACAAGAUUUCUAUUUUGAGAAGUGUCCCACUCAUCCUCAACAGCUGGUCAAGUUUUACUGCUCUGAGUGUAGCAAAGAGGCCUGUCAAGAGUGUAAGGAUAAUGAGCAUGAUAAAUGUAGUGAUGUGAACCAUUUACCAACUCUUGCUUCAGGCAUACAAAAAAGUAGUGACUUAAAAGAUCUUCAACAGAACUUGGAUCGAUUGUCGGAGGAAAUAAAAGACACGGAAAGCUGUUGA